GUGGGAAGAAGCUGCCUUGCUCUGUUUUGAAGGGCAUCCAAGGUGUCUGGGACAGAGAGAACGUACACCACAGCACACUCUAGCAGCUAAGGAAGGAAGGAAGGUGCUGCUCUAGGUGAAAUGGAUGCCUAAAGAGGUCCUCUAAUAACUCAAAAAUAAGUUAAAAUGGAAUACAAAAACAUUUUCUUCAUAAUUCUGGGAUGCCUCUGUGCCUCAUUACCCACAAUUCAUGGGGCCAAGACAGGACGCAUCCUAAUGCUGCCUCUACAAACUCAGACUCACUUAGCCAUCUUUAAAUCCGUAGCACAGGAAUUAGCCCAAAGAGGCCACAAGGUGACUGUAGUGUUUAGCUCAGCUAAAGAAGUCCCAGAUGGCUUUAACAAGACUGGCAUGAGCAUCAUGAAGUACACAUCGUCUGCUCCUCACCUUAAGUGGGAGUCGGAGGAAUUCCAGAACCAUCUGACAUUUGCCUGCAUCUACAAUCCCAACGAGAUGUGGAAAACUAUGGAUAAGCUAACAGCUCUGUAUGUGGACGAGGGUGAAGCCAUGCUGAAUGACCAAACAUUCAGCGACAACAUCUUAAAGCAAAAAUUUGACCUUGCGAUAGUAUCGGGAGAUAUGGCUGCCAGGUUUCUUUAUAUCCUGCCAUAUCGUCUUAAUAUUCCCUACGUCUCCCUGGCUUCUGUUGUUGAUCCAUAUGUAGCUGGGUUACCAGUGCUGCCAUCUUUUGUCCCUAAUGUUUGGACCAGUCACACAGAGGAGAUGAACUUUCAGCAACGUCUGUCGAACACCCUAGACGACAUUCUUCUUAGUUUCACACACCCGCCAGCUCUCAAGGACACGCUGGUCCACAAACACGCCGUCAUGAAACCAUUUGUGACACUGCGAAAACUGGCCAUUGACUCCCAAGCAUGGCUCAUCAAUACAGACUAUCUCGUAGAUUACCACCUUCCCAGCAUGCCCAACACCAUCUAUGUGGGGGGUCUUACUACAAGACAGCCCAGAACCAUCAGCCCGCCAGCCCUUAAGAAGUAUUUGGAUGAUUCUACAGAAGGUGUAAUCAUUGUUUCGUUUGGUGCUGUUGCCAGUUACCUACCGCCCCUGGUGUCUGAGAAAUUGGUAAAUGCUUUAAAAGAUAUGAGGCCACUUAAGGUGUUGUGGGGAUUUGGUGGGAAACCCUCAGAGGUCCCCUUGCCAAAGAAUAUCAAGAUUGAGAAAUGGCUCCCACUGAAUGACGUCCUAGCUCAUCCGAAUGUUAAACUCUUUGUUACUAACUGCGGAGCUAAUGCGCAGUUCGAGUCUGUGUAUCAUGGCGUCCCAAUGUUAAAUCUACCAAUCACCAAUGAGCAGCAUUACAACGCGGCACGCUCUCAGUACAAAGGUCUGAGCAUCACCAUUGAUCUCCAUCAUUUCAAAACAGAGGAUCUCACUGCUGCCAUGAAACGUGUGAUAAAAGAGCCAAAGUUUAAAGACAACGUCAAGAUGGCCGGCACGAUAUUCAAAGCGAGGCAUGACAGGCCCACUGAGAGGGCCGCAGAGCUGACAGAACUAGUUAUUCAGUUUGGAGGCAAGCACCUGCGUUCAAACUUGAUGGAAAUGUCAGCUUAUGAAUACUACAUGGUGGAUGUGGUGCUUGUGCUCAUUUUUGUUAGCAUCAUAUGCGCUUUCUUGCUCAAGUGGCUCACUGGUGUAUUCUACAUAUUCCUUUGCUCUUUUCUAGCUUCUCAUGACAAAAAGUCUAAAUCAGAUUAGGGUUCUUUCAAGUGGCUGCUACAAGUGUUUCUUCAUUUAAUUAUUCCUUUGAUACACGCUAUUUAUACUCGAAGAUUUCUGCUUAAAAAGUCCCAGCAGUUUAGAUAGCCUACAAAAGGAAUACUUACAACAAACAGAAACAAGUUCCUAUAUAAGUAACUGGUAUAGGUAAAAACCAGAGGCAUAACCAAUAAAACUUGUAAAUAUCCAUUAGCAGUAAUGUCUCUUGUACAGCUGAUAAAUAAAUUACAAGGCUCUUAGUUCAGCUUCAUGCUUGUAAGUAUACAGAACCUGUAAUAUCAUACAAUAUGGCAGAAAGGUGCAAUUUUGUUCAAUCAAAGCUAACCAGUGGUGCUUGAAAUUGCACUUUUUUUCAGAGGAAUCACUGUUAAAGGUCAUUUUGUAUGUAUUAUCUGCAUGCACCAGAACUGCUGCUUUCAAGAGGAUUUAUGUAAAAUGUUAUAUAUAAAUAAGCAAAAUAGUAAUUACAAUCUUUUCAAUGGGAGAAAAUUGUGAAUUUUACAGAUUCUGUAUUUAUUAAGCCAUAAUUUCUAUACAUUAAGACAUAAAAUUCUGUAUCUGAAAAUUUGAUAAUUUUU